UGGCGGAAUGGCCAGCAUGUGUGAUGGAAGUUUUCUAAGCAGACUCCAAUUAGUUGGCGAUUGAACUUGGAAUUGGAAUGAUGAAGUUUUCUUUGGUUUUCCUGCUGGCCUGGAGCUGUGUUUUCCUCAGCGGCACUAGCACAUAUCGGAUUAGAAAGACUGACAUAGGCUUGAAAUCUUUGGAGGAGCUAAUCUUGAUUAGAAGGACCUUGAACAGGCAGGCUCUGAGGCUCAGGGGAUUGGAGAUAAACCUCCACCAUGUGCUCAGCAAAGUGGUCUUCCUCUCCGAUGCGGACAUACAUGCUCCGGGGAGGUUCUCCUCCAGAGCAGAUCCUUUGACAGAGCUAUCGGAGCGCCUGAACGUACUGCUCAAGCGACUGAGUCAGGAGGAGCAAGUGUGUCAGGAACGGAGCUCGAGGCCUCUGGAAACUUCCCUAAACCAGACCUUACAAAAGGACAUCCCGAAAGUUGAUUUCUACCAGCCCGCCAAAUCGGAUUGCUAUGAACUGGACGAAGCUGUGCGGGUGGAUGGCGUCUAUAGGUUUCUGGUUCCCGAGCGCAACGAAGUCCAGCGCGAUUUGCACGAGCGUUACUGCGCCUUCGCCACCGAUGGCCCCGCCUGGACGGUGAUCCAGAACAGAGCUGGCUCCUUCGAUCCCAUCGAGAACUUCAAUCGCACCUGGGACGAGUACCGCGCGGGUUUCGGCAACUUGUCCCGGGAUUUCUGGUUUGGCAACGAGUUCACGCACAAGAUUCUCUACCGCGACGAUCAUGAGUUGAGAGUGGAGCUGCGCGAGGAGGAGGUGGAUCAGUCACCGGUAGACUGGGCGGAGUAUUCCAUUGUCCGACUGGACAGCGAGCGCUACAACUACCAGCUUACGGUGGAAGGUGACUUCCGGGGUUCGCUGCCAGAUGCUCUGGGGCAGCUCAAUGGGACGGAAUUCAGCACACACGAUCGGCGGAGGAACGGGGAUCUUGGGACCUCUGGGGAUUCCACCUGUGCCGAGCAGUAUGGCGGCGGUUGGUGGUUCAACGGCUGCACCCAGUCCAAUCUGAACGGAGAACUUGGUGUCCACCAGAGAGCAAGUCCAGCCGUCAUCUGGUCGAACUGGCGCACGGGUACCGGGAAACCGAAAAACUCGCGCAUGAUGAUACGACCCGUGAACCCGGUACCGGGGGGCUACUUCUACGAGGACUAGGAGGCGGGCAGGAUAGCUGGGAAUUUAAAUAGCAAUCAGUAAAUGUUGCUCGUACUCCAGCAAAUUGAACGUUACCGAUAGGUGGCCCUGCAAAUAAACGUUACCGAUAGGUAUCGAAUC